UUUCCGGGCUGUGCGGCUGCGGGCGGGCGGACGGACGGGCCGGGGGCCGGGUCCGGAGUUCAAGGGCUAGGCCUGGGAGUUGGUGGGGAGGUCGAGGGUAGGAGUUCUGAGAAGGGCCGGGGAGGAGCCUCGUCCUUCCGGAGCGAGCGGCAAGAUGAAUUUCUUUCGCGGGGUGAUGGGGGGUCAGAGCACCGGACCCCAGCCCUCGGGGGCCGAGACGAUUCAAAAACUUUGUGACCGAGUAGCUUCAUCGACUCUUUUGGAUGAUCGAAGGGAUGCUGUCCGUGCUCUCAAAUCAUUAUCUAAGAAAUAUCGUUUGGAAGUAGGUAUCCAAGCUAUGGAACAUCUGAUCCAUGUUUUGCAGACAGACCGUUCAGAUUCUGAAAUAAUAGGUUAUACUUUGGACACACUCUACAAUAUAAUGUCUAAUGAUGUAGAAGAAGAAGAGCAAGAUGACAUGGAAGAAGACAAUUCUUCAAAACAGAGUGAUGAUUUGGGAGGCCAAUUUACAGAAAUUUUCAUUAAACAGCAAGAAAAUAUCACACUUCUUUUGUCCCUCUUAGAGGAGUUUGAUUUCCAUGUUCGUUGGCCUGGGGUGAAGCUUCUUACCACACUUUUAAAACAGCAGGGGCCACAAGUGCAGCAGAUUAUCCUCGUCAGUCCUAUGGGUGUUUCAAGAUUAAUGGAUUUGCUCGCUGAUUCCAGGGAAGUUAUACGUAAUGAUGGUGUCUUAUUACUGCAAGCGUUGACAAGAAGUAAUGCAGCAAUCCAGAAAAUAGUUGCUUUCGAAAAUGCUUUUGAGAGGUUACUGGAUAUCAUUACAGAGGAGGGGAACAGUGAUGGAGGCAUAGUAGUUGAAGAUUGUCUCCUCCUGCUUCAAAAUUUGUUAAAGAACAAUAAUUCCAAUCAGAACUUCUUUAAAGAAGGUUCAUAUAUUCAGCGUAUGAAACCUUGGUUUGAGGUUGGUGAUGACAAUUCCGGCUGGUCUGCACAGAAAGUGACUAAUCUUCAUCUGAUGCUGCAGCUUGUCCGUGUGCUGGUGUCACCUACAAACCCUCCAGGUGCUGCCAGCAGCUGCCAGAAGGCCAUGUACUUCUGUGGAUUGUUGGAACAGCUUUGCAUCAUCUUAAUGGCCACCGGCGUUCCCGCGGAUAUUCUGACUGAGACCAUCAACACUGUAUCAGAAGUUAUUCGAGGCUGCCAAGUAAACCAAGACUACUUUGCAUGUGUCAAUGCACCUUCAAACCCACCACGGCCUGCAAUUGUUGUGCUUCUGAUGUCCAUGGUUAACGAAAGGCAGCCAUUCGUGUUGCGCUGUGCUGUUCUCUACUGUUUCCAGUGUUUCUUGUAUAAAAACCAGAAAGGACAAGGGGAGAUUGUGGCAACCCUUCUGCCUUCUACCAUUGAUGCUACGGGCGUUUCAGUCUCUGCCGGUCAGCUGCUCUGCGGAGGCCUCUUUUCUACGGAUUCCCUUUCAAAUUGGUGUGCUGCCGUGGCCCUGGCCCACGCCUUGCAAGAAAAUUCUACUCAGAAGGAACAGCUGCUGCGGGUGCAGCUCGCCACCAGUAUUGGCAAUCCCCCGGUGUCUCUGCUGCAGCAGUGCACUAACAUCCUGUCUCAGGGUGAUAAGAUCGACAGACGGGGAAGCAAAGUACAAACACGAGUUGGGUUAUUAAUGUUGCUUUGUACCUGGUUAAGCAACUGUCCUAUUGCUGUCACACACUUUCUCCACAACUCAGCCAAUAUUCCAUUUCUCACAGCACAAAUAGCAGAAAAUCUCGGAGAAGAAGAACAGCUGGUUCAAGGCUUGUGUGCCCUCUUGUUGGGCAUUUCCAUUUAUUUCAAUGAUAAUUCACUUGAGAACUAUAUGAAAGAGAAACUGAAACAGCUCAUAGAGAAGAGAAUAGGCAAAGAGAACUUCAUCGAGAAGCUGGGCUUCAUUAGCAAACAUGAACUGUACUCGAGAGCAGCCCAGAAACCGCAGCCGAGUGUUUCCAGCCCAGACCACAUGAUGUUUGAUCAUGAGUUUACAAAGUUAGUGAAGGAGCUUGAAGGUGUCAUAACAAAGUCCAUUUACAAGUCUAGUGAAGAAGAUAAAAAGGAAGAAGAGGUGAAGAAGACAUUGGAACAACACGACAGCAUUGUGACUCACUACAAAAAUGUGAUCCGCGAGCAGGAUUGUCAGUUGGAGGAAUUAAAACAGCAGGUUUCUACCCUAAAAUGUCAGAACGAGCAGCUGCAGACGGCCGUCACCCAGCAAGCGUCUCAGAUCCAGCAGCACAAGGACCAGUAUAAUCUCCUCAAAGUACAGCUAGGAAAAGACAUUCAGCAUCAUGGCUCUCACAGUGAAGGAGCUCAGAUGAAUGGCAUUCAGCCAGAAGAAAUGAGCAGGUUGAGAGAAGAGAUAAAAGAAUUAAAAAAUAAGCAAGAACUUUUACAAGGCCAAUUGACUGAAAAGGACUCCUUGAUUGAAAAUUUGAAGGCUACACAGUUAGCACCUGGGAAAACGGAACAGUCUCUAGAGAUUUCUAUGGAUGGUGAUUCUGAACGAACUUCAAAAUUGCAACGGGAAGUUGAAACACUCAGGGCUCAGCUAAACUUGCAGUCUGUGGAGAUCUCCAAACUACAGAUGGAAAAGCAGGAGCUGCUACAGAAAACUGAAACAUUUGCUAAAUCUGUUCCAGUGUCAGGAGAUAAUGGCACCGUAACAGCAGCAAAACCCACUGACGUAGAGGGCAGACUCUCCGCAUUGUUGCAAGAGACUAAAGAAUUAAAGAAUGAAGUUAAAGCUCUGUCUGAGGAAAAAACGUCUAUAAAACAGCAGCUGGAUUCGUCAAACAGCACCAUCGCCAUCCUACAGAAUGAGAAAAGUAAACUACAGGUGGGGCUUGCAAAGUCUUCCAAAGAACAGGAUGACCUCUUGGUGCUGCUGGCUGAUCAAGAUCAAAAAAUAAUUUCAUUAAAAAGCAAACUCAAGGAGCUUGGUCACCCGGUUGAAGAUGAAGAUGAAGAUGAAGAUGAACUUGGAUCUGGGGACCAGACCGGUAACGAUGAUGAUGAUGUAGAUGAUGUUGACGACGAUGACGACGCCGAUGACGAUGAUAACAGCGACGACGAAGAUAAUCAUCAUCAAAUUAAUGAAGUCGUAGAGGGGUCAGCCUGAGCUUUAAAGUGUCUCUAGAAAUAAUAGAGAUGACCGUGUAAUUUUUAAGAUGGAGCCUCAAAGAUAAUACUUUGGUCUGUCUCCACACAUAAUAAAGAUUUUUAGGAAGCAAAUGGAAA